AUGGAGAGUCGCGUUUCCGCUCAUGGACAGAGUCUAGCCCACAUGCGACAUGAGUUAAGCAUGCUGGCUUCCACCCUGACGGUAGACGCAGCAACGAAGCGAUCUGAAGAAAUCUCACGUGCAUUAGAAAUUGGCACAGAGCGUCUCUACAUGCUUUCUGUGCUGAUUAGGGGCGACUUUGUCUUUGAUCAGAGUGACUUGCGACUCAAGGCAGCCCUUGACCACUUGGUCGCGGCAUUCACUCAGAUCACCGAACUUGCGGACAAUCAGCUCGCGGAAGUUGGGCGUCUCAAUUCCGAUAGCAUCGAGUUGAGAAAUGCCAAACUUCGUCCUCUGCAAGAUGGCAUUGAGGAAACCAAAUCCGACAUAGGAGCCCAACUUGAGGGUAAUCAACAAGCCAUCAUGACCACUUCCAACACAGUCGAUGGCUUACAGCAUUCGGUCAACGCAAUGAACAAUUCACUCUGCUCUCUCCAAGAUAAAUUGGGUGAAGCAGAGAGAGUGCGUGACGGUGUCAACAUUGCUAUAAGCAUUCUGAUACCUAUAUGGGGGAUUGUCGGCUUGAUUGACGAGAAUGCGUCUCCUGGCGCUGUGUUCCAACUGCGCGACGCCGUCAAUAACGUCCGCAACGACCUUCAUAACAAGCGUAGGUCCCUGGAACAAGCCAUGGAGGGCCUCGCAGCUGCAAGAGAACAGCAGGCUCAUCUUGAGCAUCAAGCCUGGCGGCUGCGGACUAUUCAAACCGAGAUUGAAGACCUGGGGAACGAGGUCACCGGCAUCAUUGAGAAGACGGACGCAUUGCAACGAGCUACUGUUGCUGUCAAGCAGCAGCUGACGGUUGCCGCCCAACAUGCCGCAGAGCUGAGCAAUACCGUCUUGGUCACGGCCCAUCAAUCCUUCACCAAACAAGAGUUUUGCUCGGGAAUCCUCGACAUAGCUGAGCAAGUACCGUUGGAUCCCAGAAACUCGACUGAAAUGACGCUUCUGCUCAAUGAGCUUCUAAGCGGUUACGGGAGUGCAAAUGUGCCAGCGGCCAUUGAGAGUCGAGCGAACGGGUUGCUCGGCGAGGCAGCUAAGUAUCAAAGCCUAGAGUGGAAUCCCAGCAUGCAUAGUGCUAUCGGGGAAUGCUCGCCGGAUGGGCGGGGUAGGUUAGGCGUCAGGGGCAAAGCCCAGUCUAGUCCAAGCUCAACAGUCUCAUGCGGCCCAGCCAGGGAGUCCUCAAGGACUCAAUGGAUCUACUUUUCGAGUGGAAUAUGUCCAAGGAGAUUUUCAGGAACUGAAAGGGAUUUACACCAUCCACACGUCUACACAAGAGUGAUUGCCGAAGCGCAGAGUCUUGCAGCUUGGUCUGACCCCCUAUUGGCGACCCUCAUGCCUUGGCCUCUCGCAACGCUCGCGCACGAGCUCCCGAAGGGAACUAGGCAGAGACUCAUGCAGUUGGUCACCACGCGACUUAAUGGGCAUGAGCAUGAUGAUACCGUCGAUGGUCCAGAUAUCACCCGCAUCAUCAUGGCACGGUUGUCAGCUGAUUUCGAAGCCCCAUCCCUUCGAGUGCGAACCAAAUUAGACGAGUAUCUCUGUCUUAUGAAGAUGAAGUGGCCAUGGUGA